AGCAGAGAGACGGUCUGGAAGCCAGCGAGAGACACAAGCUCCGUGUGUGUGAGUGUCGGACGGCUGGGCAGGUUACGGCAGAGACCCCGGUCUCCACAGAGCCUCAGUCUCCACAGAGCCUCAGUCUCCACAGAGCCUCAGUCUCCACAGAGCCUCAGUCUCCACAGAGCCUCAGUCUCCACAGAGCCUCAGUCUCCACAGAGCCGGGGACAGGAAGACGAUGCACCCAAAGACCUCAGCAGAGCCAGGCAGUACAGAGGAGCACUGGAGCAGGAGGCUCGGGCCCGUAGGGGCAGCAGAGAGAGCCUCACGCUGAACAGGAGAGGCACAUGACUCACCCCCUCUCCCCCCCCCCCCCCUCGAACGCCCUCUCUCACUGGAGAACAGACACACCACGGACUCUAGAGGGAAAAUACUGCUCCAGACCUGAAGCCUGCUCACUGCCAAGGUGUCCGAGGAAUACGACUUGACAACUGGAUAUUGAUGUGGAUGUACAAAAAGAGGAUUGUCUGAACUUUCUGGAUACAAACGCAAGUACUGAUUGACUUUACUUUGAAAGAAAGUUGUCUUAAUAAGACAUGUUUCUAGCUGUUUUCGUAGUUCGACAUCAUUUGACACUGAUCCAAACAAUAACAAAAGGUAAGGAAGACGUUUUUAGGGAGUUACUUUUUCCAUCCAAUACUGAACUGGGGAGUAAGACAAAUGAUAUGAAUAGUUUAGUUGCAUGAACGGCAUUACCUUUGUCCUCUAUGAUAUGACCGUUUUCUGGAUUGAGUUCAGCACAGAAUUUGCCACAUGCUCGAGGCUGAACACCCUCUAAAGAUGUCUAAUAUCACAGACGGUCUCCACGCACUGGGCUUGAGCCUGGCCAACGCCAGCUGCCCCAAGAACGACGGCUUCAAGCACACCCUGUACAUCUCGGUGUUCAGCCUGGUCUUCAUAGUGGGCCUCUUCUUCAACAUGGCCGCCGUCUACAUCUUCGCCUGCACGCUGAAACUCCGCAACGAGACCACCACCUACAUGAUGAACCUGGUGGUGUCGGACCUCCUCUUCGUGCUCACGCUGCCCUUUCGGAUCUUCUACUUCAUCAACCAGGACUGGCCGUUUGGCGCCGUGCUCUGCAAGCUCUCCGUUUCGCUCUUCUACACCAACAUGUACGGCAGCAUCCUCUUCCUCACCUGCAUCAACGUGGACCGCUUCCUGGCCAUCGUGCACCCGUUCCGCUCGCAGACCCUGCGGACCAAGAGGAACGCCAAGCUGGCCUGCUGUGCCGUGUGGGCGCUGGUGCUCUCCGGGAGCCUCCCGGCGGGCUUCAUGCUGGAGACCACCUCGCCGCGGCACGCCAACUCGUCCUCCAUCUACUGCUUCGAGAACUUCUCCAACAAGCAGUGGAAGGCGGCGCUGUCCAAGGUGGUGGUGUUCAUCGUGACGGCGGGCUUCCUCGUCCCGCUGCUGCUCAACCUCUUCUGCUCGCUCCGGGUGCUCCGGACCCUGAGGCAGCCCCAGGCCAUCAGCCGCGGCGGGCAGCUCAACAAGACCAAGAUCCUGCGCAUGAUCGCCGUUCACCUCGUCAUCUUCUGCUUCUGCUUCGUCCCCUACAACGUCAACCUGGUCUUCUACGCCCUGGUGCGCGCCAAGAUCCUGCAGGGCUGCGUCCUGGAGUCGGUGGUGAGGACCAUCUACCCCGUCGCCCUGUGCAUCGCCGUCACCAACUGCUGCUUCGACCCCGUCGUCUACUACUUCACGUCGGAGACCAUCCAGAACUCCAUCAAGAGGAAGUCGAUGGCGUUCCGCGAGAACAAGCUGUUUGAGGUGCUGCAGUCGGACAGCACUCAGGGCAGCGUGCACAGCAGCGUGAGGACUCCGAGAGCCAAAGUGUUUCGCAACGAGUCGACGGUCUGAUGCCGGGGAAACAAACAAACAAACACUGUCCGGCCUCAAUGGAGGCAUCGGUCUGUCGCCGUGCAGUAUUUCAGUGAGUCUACGGUUGUGCAACACUGACAAAGGGGAUCUGAAAGAAGGGUGGGGGGGGGGGGGCUUUCAAACAGACACAUAAAGUGACCCCACCCCCACAUUCAGCACAGACCUCAAGAGUAUUAUUCAUUAAGGGUGUACCGAUGCAUUGAAUUGUUUUAUAGCACUGAUAUCACAAGGCAGUGACUCAUUAGAUUUCAAGACUGAAAGUAUGACGACUUGAUGAAAUAAGCUGCACUUUAACCUUAUUGGAGGUUGUGCAUGUUUGUUUCACCUUGUUAGCAAACGUGUAACUAUUUGUAUCGUAAAGUAUGGCCCAUGUAUCAAGUCAUUUACCACAUCACAACAAAACCUGGGAUACAUUAAAUGUCAAUGCAGUA